GUCAUGUGAAUUGAGCAGCUUUUUAUUGCUCCUUGUUUUCAUGAUGAAACGCUGAUCACUCCAGCGAUCAUUUCUUUUGUAACCCAUUUACGUACCAAAAUCAUAGCUCGCACGCAUUUGGUUACGGUUCAGUCAUUAUUUAGCGUUUAUACAGUUUGUUCAUUGAGAGAUACUGCUCUGAAGCGGCCCAUAAUCUGCUCAGAACAACAGGCUUCUGUCACCAAAAUGAUGUCCUUGUCAGCUGUCAUGAGUGGUGUCACUGCUCACAAAAUCAGCAAAACCAUCACAUAUUUGCUGAAUGAGUCUAAAGCGGUAACCAAGAGCCCUAAAAGCAAACCAAAGCCCUUACUCCUGCUUCUUCCCUGGCUCGGGUCUAGACCCCAGGGUUUGGCCAAGUAUUGUGAAAUAUACUUUCGCACAGGCUUUGAUGUUCUAGUGGUGGAAACUGAAGUGAGUCAAUUCUUGUGGCCUCGUUGGGGCUUAGACUAUGGAGCUAAGGUCCUGGAGGUGCUAGAGAGGGAUGCCUUCAUCUCCCGGCCCUUGCUGGUUCAUGCAUUCUCCAUAGGGGGCUACACCUUCACCCAGCUGCUCAACCACAUUCCUGGUUGUAGCCAACAGUGCCAGAGCCUGGCUGACAGAAUUAAAGGUCAAAUUUAUGACAGCCUGGUGAUAGGAUCCCUUGAGCAUAUGGCCACAGGCCUAGGGAAAACCUUGUUCCCACAGUGGGAAGGCUUGUUUCGGCAAGCAAGCCUGUUGUACUUUAGAGCCUUCAAGAAACACACAGUGGACUAUUUCAAAUCGAGUGUUGACCUGUUCUGGAACCACCCAGUCACAGCUCCUGCCCUCUUCUUCUUCUGUGAGAAUGAUCCACUCUGUGAUUACAACAAGAUGGAGGAGCUCAUUGAGUGCUGGAGGAGUGCAGGCAUGGUAGUUGAGGGAAAGAAGUGGAAGGAAUCCAUUCAUGCAGCACAUCUGCGGCAGCACCCCGAGGAAUAUCUGGCCGUAUUGGAGAGCUUCUUGCGGUCUCUUGACUUGGUUCCACUGAAGGCUAAAAUGUGAAAGCUAACUUUAUAUUGGCAUCUGAAGUGAAUAUUUUUAUUCUGAUAAAGGGUCACUGUUUCAUUGAUCAUUUGGGAAAUAUCCUUGAAGUGCAAAUUUGCUUUAUUGCCAAAGAUCAAAGCAAAAAUGCUAAAGAAGAAAACGCACAAUGCAAUGCUGUUUAUAAAAACUCAGGAAAAAAUGUAAUUAGUAAUAAUAAAAAUAACAGCAGUAGCCAUAAGCCUAGGUGUAAUUGAGAAAAAAAGCAGCAUGAACUGAGUAAAACACUACGGGUAUACAAUUAAAAGUAAUCUGGGUUUUUUUAAGCAAGAUUUAAACAUUUCAUCAUUCUUCUUCCAGUGGAAGGCUGUACUGUACAAACAGAAUCUGGCAGGCCUGUUAUUUAAGAACUGAGUGUUUGUUGAUAUAAACUUGC